AUGGAUUCGGCAACAAAGAUGCGCGUCAAGGUCUACAGACUCAGCGCAGGCAGUCAGUGGAUCGAUCAAGGCACAGGCCACUGUUCGUGCGAAUUCAACAUGGACAAAUCCGAAGGCACCUUGAUCGUGCACUCAGAGGACAGUGAUGAUAAGGUCCUGCUAAGCUCUCGGAUAAGAGUCGGUGAAGACCUCUAUCAACGACAGCAAGAAACCCUCAUUGUGUGGUCAGAGGACGAAGGCGUCGAUCUUGCCUUAAGUUUCCAGGAAGCAGAAGGAUGCGGAGAGAUUUGGGACAACAUCAACGAAGUCCAGCAACACUAUGCGGAAGAUCUCUUUUCCGAUCCAUCCGACGUCAACGGGACAGGCAGCGGCGAAUACAUUACUCUCCCCGACCCCGACAUUUCCAACUUGGCAGAGAUCGAACACUUGAUCAAGGAAACACAGUCGGGCGCCAACGAAAAGGAGAAACUUGCAGCUUUCAUCAUCAUGGAUAGCUAUAUUGACAAACUGUUCCCAAUCCUGGAGACCUGCGAGGAUCUGGACAACUAUGCAGACUUGCACAUUCUGCACGACAUUAUGCUCGGGAUAAUUAUGCUAAACGACAUUGCGAUAAUCCAGCAUAUCCUCAAGGACGAGAUCAUUCUUAACUGCGUGGCUAUGCUGCAAUAUGAUUCUGAACUCGGCGAAUCUAAGGAUGAGUAUCGGGAAUUCUUGUCGAAGCGGUCCAAGUACAAGCAAAUUGUGCCGAUCAAUGACCCCGAGGUGGAACAAAAGAUCCACCAAGUGUUUCGACUCCAAUAUCUCAGAGACACGGUUCUGGCGCAGUACAUGGAUGAAAGCCUUUCGUCCAUUCUGGGAUCGCUCAUUUUUUUCCACAACAUCGACAUUGUCAACUAUAUCCAUGGAGAUCGAGCAUUCUUAAGGGAUCUGUUUGGCAUUCUGGAAGAUGAUUCGGAGACUAUCGAUCGGAAGCGGGACGUAAUUUUGUUCACGCAACAGUUCUGUUCCAUUGCCAAGGCAACUCAACUGCCCACCCGAGUUGGCCUUUACAGGUACUGCUGCCCACCUCAGGGAGUAUCAAUCCUGAAACGGUCUGCGGUCAGAUUGAAGAUGACGUUGAGUCAGACAGGUCUUUUCAAUGUUUUCGAAACUGCGCUUGGAGACCCUCUUCCUAAGAUCAGGAUGGCAGGAACGGAGGUGUUUUUGGCUGCCAUGGAACAUGACCCGAAUCUUAUCAGAUCGUACAUUGUCAGACAGUCAGAGGAGAAGCCGCCAAAGCAGCUCAUGGACAUCAUUCUGAACCAGUUCUUGGUGGAAGAGGAUGUUGGAAUCAGACUGCAGUUCUCAGAAGUGAUCCGCAGCCUACUGGAUAUCAACGCAGCCCAGACAGAGACGGGAAUGCCAUUGGCGCUUGACGUUCCAACCAACUCGGAUCCAGAUGCAGACAAAUACCUCGAGCUGUUCUACAUGCCCUACAUCUCAAAGUUUGUCUCGCCGCUUUUGGAACUUAGCGAAGAAAAAACGCAAUUUGAUCGAACGUUUGCCAGUCUGUGCGAGAGCAUUUGCCAGAUCCUGUCGUUUAUGGUCCGCCACCACACCUUCCGGAGCAAGUACUAUGUCUUGUCAAGUGGGAUCGUCGCAAAGAUAUGCCUAUUGAUGAAGAAUAGGGACAUGCACAUUCGACUUUGUGCAUUGAAAUUCUUCCGCACAUGUAUUCACUUGAACGACGACUUUUACCACCGGUACUUGAUCAAACACAAUGUCGUUCAGCACAUCAUGGACAUGUUAUUGGCAACCGGCAACAAGAACAACCUCGUAAACUCAGCCUGUAUCGAAUUCUUUGACUUUAUCAGGAGUGAGAACAUCAAGUCGUUGAUCAACCAUAUUGUGCCCCUCUAUCGCGACCAGAUCAAGGAUAUCGAGUAUGUGGCGACAUUCAAAGGACUCAUACGGCGAUACGAACAACAGCACGAUACGUCCAUUGCUGACGCAGAGGCUGCAGAGGUGGCGGCAAGCGAGACCAGUUCGGCCAAGCGUGGACAGGAACACAACGCCUGGUCAUCGUCAACGGUGGACGAUGACGAGGAGGCAUACUUCAACAACUCGGAUGAUGAACUGGAGGUACCGGAUGGAGGAAAACAGGAGGACGACCCACCAACAUCCGAUCUCCGGAGGCGAGUGGUUGCAGGAUCGGACUCUGACUCUGACUCGGAAGAGCAAGGGGUCACUGCUAUGGACACGGAACCCGUCUUGGCUUCGCAGGCGUCCUUGCUCCCACCACUCACACCACCCACGAGGAGGAAACUCGUCCACUAUGGCGAGGAUGAUGACGACGAGGACGAAGGAGUAUUUAACCGACACGACCGGGAGCUGGAGAAGAAGGCCAAUGGAUCAGAGCCAUCGGCGGAGCCAUCGCCAGAACCACCGUUCAAGAAGGCCAAGCUAGACAGCGACUCGGAUAGCGACGAUCAGCACGACCAGCUAAUGACCGAUGCGACCGAGGAUGCCUCCAAAGCCAAGACUGGACUAGGCUCAGGAAUCAAGUUUAAGCUCAACUCUGGCCGGAAUGGCAGGUCGCCAUCGCCCCUGUCCUCGCCCAAUGCACGGUCACGGUCUGUUUCACCAUUAGCAUCUACCUCGGUGCUGCCACCAGUCGCAACGCGUACGGGAAUCAAGUUUGUGUUGGCUGGCUCGAACGACGGAAACGGUGAGUCCAGCGGAGACGAUUCGAGCGAGGGUGCCAGCAAGGAUGGCCGUGAGAUUCCUACCGAGGCCGCGAUUCAUCUGAGGAGCGAUAUGGCGCGGGAUUACAAGCUGUCGGACGAUGAGGAGGAGGCUGAGACUGCGAAACCACAGCAGAUUGGCGGCACAGCUUCGCCGGUUGAGCCUCAGUUACCUUUGGGGGAGCAAUCAGCAGAGACGGAGGAGCAGGAGCAGGCUAGGCCUGAUAGCGUCGAUUCAUCAGUGGAACAGGAGCAAGAGGAGGAAGAUACGGGAGUGGUGGUUAAUGAGAGUGACGCCGAAUAA